CAGAAGAAGACACUCCUUCGUUGCUAGUCAAAAAAAAAGCAGAAGAAAUGUGAUAAACAAAACAGCACGUAGGCCUUGAGAAACUACAAACUCGGACGUGGUUAAUGCGAGGUUAAACCAUUGUUUUUAGGUGGUGUGUAUCGCAGUGACGUGUUUCAGUGCGGCUUCGUGUAUAUUCUGCUGGAAUCUUUUUUGAAAAAAGCUGCAGCCAAGAGUUCAACCCGUCCACGACUUCCCUGCUCAUGUAAAGGGUCACCAGUGUACAGCAGACCUACCACACAUGAGUGCUGUACUCUCCUUAAGCUGGGCCCAGCGCCAUGCCUGAUCGGGACAGCUCGUACCUGUCAGGUGGUUGUGGGAGUGGUGGGAACCUGAGCGAGGAGGGAGGACCGAGCUCUGCUUGCACAGCAGAGGGAAGAGGAAUUUCAGGCGGGGGUGUUGGCGGCAUGGGAGGAGGAGGAGCACUAGGCAAUGGCAAUAGUUGCGGGAACGGAGGAGGUGCGAUGCAAAGUGCCGCUCUGACACCGAACGGGGUUUGUAGGGAUUUUAUACGCAACGUCUGUAAGAGAGGGAAUCGUUGUCGCUUCAAGCAUCCCGACUUUAAUGAGGUGCCAGACUUGGGGGUGCAAAAGAAUGAAUUCAUCUUUUGCCACGAUUACCAGAAUAAGGAGUGCCUGCGUGCCAACUGUCGCUUUGUGCAUGGUUCUAAAGAAGAUGAGGACUAUUAUAAGAAAAAUGGUGAGCUUCCCCUCAGGUUGAGAGGGACAGUUGCAGCACGACUUGGACUCUCCCCCACGGAUCUGCCGCAUAGCAGAGGGGAAGUCCCAAUCUGCAGAGACUUCUUGAAGGGGGAGUGCCAGAGGGGCAAUAAGUGUAAAUUUCGUCAUGUGCAAAAAGACUAUGAAUAUGAACCUGCCAGGGUUGGAGGGAGCGGCGCGAUCGGGGCUGGUGCAGGUGGGAUGGUGAAUGCGGGAAGUGGCAUGGUUGGUGGAGGAGCUGGGGGAGGAACCUGUGGGGGUAUUCCUGGACUCGGGGGAAGUGUAGGUGGAAAUAAUAUUAUGGGGAUGGGCUGCCCAAGCUUGGGUGGUUGCAGAGAUCCAAGCCUCCCGGGAGUCGUAGGCGUUGGUACAGGUGGAAUCAGUGGCUGCAUGGCAAUAGGACCAUCAGGGAAGAGACGUUACGACAUGACCUCACUGUCUGUGUAUGACCCUUUGCUUGAGAGCGGGCUAUUUGAUUCCACGACCCUGGACAGUUCACUGGAACAGACUGCCCUUCAGAUCAAGAGGCGGCGGCUAGAAGGCCUGCGACUGGCAGAUGGCAGCGUCGGUGGGCCGUAUGAGCUCGGAGUCCAGGCCGCCAUGCCCACACGUCCUCUGGAGUACAGGUUCUUGGAGGAAGAAAACAACCUGCUGAGGAAGAGAGUAGAGGAGUUGAAGAAACAGGUUUCCAACCUUAUCGCCACGAACGAGGUUCUCCUGGAGCAAAAUGCGCAAUUCCGAAGUCAGGCUAAAGUGAUGACACUUUCUACCACGCCUGCCCCCACCGAGCAGACUCUGGCAGCCCCCGUCGGUGCGGUCAGCUCAUACAACCACGGCAUCGCCCAGACUCACACCACGCUAAGCAGCACCGGUCUCCAACCUCGACCAGUCACCCAGCAAGACUUGGUGGCACCAACCGGCGCUCCUGCGGCACCCCCGACGAACGCCGCUCCCCCGACUGCACCACCUCCUCACCUCAAUCCUGAAAUCACGCCGCUGUCUGCUGCUCUCGCUCAGACCAUCGCCCAGGGUAUGGCGCCACCUGUUUCGAUGGCACCGGUGGCAGUUUCUGUAGCUCCGGUCGCAGUGUCCAUGACGCAGCCUCUGCCGGGCAUCACCAUGAGCCACGCUACGACACCUAUGGUGUCGUACCCCAUCGCAAGUCAGAGCAUGAGGAUCACUACUCUUCCUCAUAUUACCUGAUAAAUGGUAAUAGGAUGACUUGUUACUUGCAUAACGAGGCUCAACAAACUGUACUCAGGCCACACUGAAAAGAAAAAUAGUGUAAAAAAGACGAUAAAAAAUAAGACUUGAUUUAACCUCUUCAGACCCGCAUUAUUUCUGCUUGGCAAAAAAAAUGCGCUGAUUUUUACUCACUUAUUGGUUAUUUUUUAUGUUAAUGUGUUUCUGAGCAGAAAUUGGCACUUAGUGUUAUCCUUUUUUGAAGUUGCGUUUGGUCAGCCAUUUUCAAAGAGCCAAAAAAUGGCGAAGAGGGCGUGCCAAACCUUAUGAUUUGAUUUCGAUGGGUAGUUUCAUCCAAAUAUCUCCCAGAGGUGGCAAUAGCAAUUAAAUUCAGUGUAUUUAUUGGUUUAAGGACGUGAACGAGUCAUGUCCUUUAGCAGCAUGCUUAGGUCUGAAGUGGUUAAAAUGAUCUUAUUAUAAGAAUAGAAUUAAAUAACUCAAUGGGCUCAAUAUUGUUUGUUUGUUUGCCCAGCAAUUGUCAGAGUAUUGAUAUUAUAUGAGGGGUAUCUAAUGACAGUAGAUACCUGUCUGAUGGUUUCUGAUGGAUGCCUUUGUUUGCACGGGAAUUCUGAUUGCUAUUAAAAACAAUUGUGCAUUUGUCUUUGUUUUGGGGGUGGAACAUCGCAAUGUUCCACAAUACUUCAAUUAAAGUUUCAUUUACUGAAUAGAACUUUUUUAAUGACUUCUCGUAUAUAUAUUUUUUAAAUCUUGUAAGUCUAUUCUCUAAAUUCUAUUCAUUCAUUCAU